AUGAAUACAAACCUGCCAGGACCAAGCACCCCUUCUCCUUCCGCAGAAGCGCUAGUAGUGCCUGCACGGUAUAUAUGUACAGUCCAAGCGCGCUCAACUCCGAUGGCCAGUCGAUAUUGCUAUACCAAUCUGGAAGUUUUCGUCAUUGGCGUAAAGAUCAUCUGGGAGGACCAGCCACUCGGGCAAGGGUCUCUUCGGCAAAAGUGCCGUGGCUGCAGAUGGGCGGUCGUCCGCCCCCCCCCAAAGCACGUUUGA